AUGACUCUAAGUAGAUAUGGUGCUGAUGAUACUCCCUGCCAGGGGAUGCUUUGGGAGUCUUCCUCCAGUGGGGCAUCUGAAGCAUUCCGCUGGCUGCCUCUGCCCGGCUCGGCGCCUGACUCGGCCCUCCCGUCUCGUGGCUGCGGUUCCACCGUGGCUCCCAAAGGCGGCUCCAAGCAACAGUCCGAAGAGGACCUGCUCCUGCAGGAUUUCAGCCACGACCUCUUGGCCAAGUCCUUGGUGCACUUCUUCGGGAGCGCCUUCAUCGUGUCUGCCAUCCCCGUCUGGUUACAUUGGCGAAUAUGGCACGUGGGUCUUACUCAGUCUGCUGUUCUGUAUAGCGUGGUGACCCUAGUAAGCACUUAUUUGGUAGCCUUUGUAUACAAAACCGUGAAAUUUGUUCUCAAGCACAAAGUAGCACAGAAGAGGGAGGAUGCUGUUUCCAAAGAAAUGACUCGAAAACUUUCUGAAGCUGGUAAUGGAAAGAUGUCUCGGAAGGAAAAAGAUGAAAGAGUCUUGUGGAAGAAGAAUGAAGUUGCUGUUUAUGAAGCCACAACAUUUUCCAUCUUCUAUAAUAAUAACACCCUAUUUCUGGUCUUGGUCAUUGUUGUUUCCUUCUUUAUAUUGAAGAACUUCAACCCCACAGUGAACUACAUUUUGUCCAUAAGUGCUUCCUCGGGCCUCAUCGCCCUCCUGUCUUCUGGCUCCAAGUAGACCACGUCAGCUUCUCCCCCGGCUGCCCUGGCUUUGUAUCUAUGGGUGGCCUGUGGUAUUUGGAAAAGUAGCAGGGUGGUCAGGGUGGAAGACACACAAGCUGUUUUUAUAAGUCAGGAGUUUGAGGGUUUGAAAAACCCAACAAAAUGUAAUUCAGUAUUUGUUUAUUGGCUCUUUUUUUUUUUUGACAGAUUAUUGGAAUUAAAUGAAUUGAAAGGGGGAAAAAAACAAAAAAGAAAGUGGCUGAAGAGAAUGGG